AUGUCUGCUCCCGGCUCUGGCCACGAGUUUCCCACAGAAGAGGUGUCAUGGCAGAAACGCGACAUCCUUCUGUUCGCGAACAGUAUUGGCUGCAAGGCUGAUGAGCUACAGUUCCUCUACGAAUUGCAUCCCAAUUUCGCUGUAUUCCCGACUUACUCACUGAUUCUUCCCUUUAAACUCACCGAUCAAGAAGUGACUGAUUUCUAUGCCCGUCAGAAGGCGAUGAAAAUCCCCGGUGUUCCAGAUCUAGACUCCCGUUACGGAGUUGAUGGCCAGCGCAAGCUCACAGUCUUGAAACCGCUUCCUCCUACUAGUGCUGGACGAAAGUUUGAGCUGCGCAACAGGGUCAUUGGUGUCUAUGAUAAAGGCAAGCCUGGCACUGUAAUUGAGACCGAGCAGUCUAUCGUGGAUAAGGAGAGCGGCGAGGUAUACUCCAAGGUUCUGAGCAGCGCCUUCUUGGUUGGGCAGGGUGGUUGGGGUGGUCCUAAGGGUGCCAAGACAACCAUUGACAUGAAUGAAAUCAUAGGUCCAGCUACUGUGAGCUUCCCUCCUCCCGAGGGCAAGAGCCCUGAUGCUAUUCAUGUCGUCCAAACCAGCUUGGAGACUGCUCAUUUGUACCGCCUGAAUGGUGAUUACAACCCAUUGCACGCAACUCCCGAGCCCGGACAGAAGAUGGGCUUUGGAGGAACCAUAAUCCACGGGCUGUUCAGCUGGAACUCUGCUGCCCAUGGUGUUCUGCGAGAACUGGGUGGUAGCAACCCUGCUAAUCUCAAGGAAUUCCAGGCACGCUUUGCGGCUCCUGUCCACCCAGGUGAUAAACUUAUUACGGAUAUCUGGCGAACGGGAAACGUCUCGGCAGAUGGGUUUGAGGAUGUUCGUUUUGUCACCAAGAACCAGAGUGGCAAGGUUGUUUUGAGCAACGGGCUUUGUCUGUUGAAGGUUAUAGGUUCUAAGAGUAAGCUGUGA